GACACAACCAAAAAGAGAGGAAGCACCAUGAGGGGACCAGCUGUGUGAUUAAUAUGAGGCAUGUAUAAGAUUUAACAAAUUAUGAGCUGGACUCCAUUUCCAUCCCAAAAGUUUUAUUUGAUCACAGCUCAUAUUGGAUAUAAAAAAUAAAAAAAAAUCAGUGCUGGAACGCGCAGACGUCCGCGUUUCUAUUGGCUGUCCGCAGCGUCGCUCAGAUGAAUGACGAUUUUGCUGCUAUAACCAGCUGAUGCUGUGGCUAUGAACACGGAGCCUCCGAAGAACUGUUGACGGUACAUGGAGACCCCAUCAUCGGUGUUAUGCCUGCGGAUUCGCUCUCAUCUCCAUCUCCAUCCAGAGAUUGAGUACAACCAUGUGGAGGUUUGGAUAGAAGCACGAGACGUACAACCUCAAGACAUGGAAUAAAGGGAAUUUGAAGUUGGGAACACCUACAGUCGGAUCCAUAAAUAAAACAAACUGACAUUUUAAAACAGGCUUAGAAGAGGAGUGAAGAUGGGGUGUGGUCAGACGCUCGCCACGUUUCUCCUGGACUCUACAGUUCACACCAUCAACCACCGGUCAAAGCAGGAGUCUCUUCGCUAAAACCCGAGCAGCUCAUUUCAUCUGCUGGAGGAGCCCCCACUCUCGGUGAUGUGAUGAAUAAGUUUGAAGUCCUUGGCAUUGUGGGAGAAGGAGCAUAUGGAGUCGUGCUUAAGUGCAGGCAUAAGGACACCAAUGAGCUGGUGGCCAUUAAAAAGUUCAAAGACAGCGAAGAAAAUGAGGAGGUCAAGGAGACGACUCUUCGGGAGCUGAAGAUGCUUCGGACACUGAAGCAGGACAACAUCGUCGAGCUGAAGGAGGCUUUUCGCAGGAGGGGGAAACUCUACCUUGUCUUUGAAUAUGUGGAGAGGAACAUGCUGGAGCUCUUAGAGGAACUGCCCAACGGUGCACCGCCCGAUAAAGUCCGCAGCUACAUCUACCAGCUCAUCAAAGCUAUCAACUGGUGUCACAAGAACGAGAUAGUACACAGAGAUAUCAAGCCGGAGAACCUCCUCAUCAGCUCAGAGGAUGUUCUCAAACUCUGUGACUUUGGUUUUGCUCGUAACCUGUCUGAAGGAACAGAUGCCAACUACACUGAGUAUGUGGCUACAAGGUGGUACCGCUCGCCUGAGCUGCUGCUGGGGGCUCCCUACGGAAAGGCGGUGGACAUGUGGUCGGUGGGGUGUAUCCUCGGGGAGCUGAGUGAUGGACAGCCCCUGUUUCCAGGGGAAAGUGAGAUAGAUCAGCUCUUCACCAUUCAGAAGGUUUUGGGGCCACUUCCUGCAGAACAGAUGAAACUCUUCUACAAUAACCCUCGCUUUCAUGGAAUCAGGUUUCCCUCUGUUACUCAUCCUCAGACUUUGGAGAGAAGGUACCAAGGCAUCUUGAGUGGUUUGAUGUUGGAUCUGAUGAAGAACUUGUUGCUGCUAAACCCCACUGAGCGUUAUCUGACAGAGCAGAGUUUAAACCAUCCGGCCUUUCAGCCUCUGAGGCAGGCGGAGAGAGAGCGGCCUCCUCCUGCAUCUCCCAACCCACCGCGCUCCUCCAAGAGGAAAACACACCAUCAUGGAGAGAACACAGUUCCUACAAGGAGUCACACCAAGAGCACGAGCCGUCGCUCCAACAGCAAAGAAUGUUCCAGCCUCCCUCGCCAUGGAGACCUCCAUCACCUUGGCAACAAGAGUUUUCUCAAUGGUAACAAACCGCCCCCAUCCAGUUUAAGUCCUACACUCCACCCUAAGGGCCAGUACAUGUCCCAGACCCUCAAUCGUUCUGCCUCAUCCAGCAAAGACCUGGCUAACAACAACUUGCCACACCUCCUCAGUCCCAAAGAAGCCAAAGGCAAAACAGAGUUUGAUUUCAGCAUGGGACCCUCCCCGAAGCUGUCAGACCAGGGACACGGGGCAAAGUACGGGCACAGCAAACCCACCUCUUCUCGCUCUCAGCAGCAGCAGCAGCAGCAGCAGCAACAGCAGCAGCAGCAGGCCGGCCGCCACACCUUCCUGGAAAAUAAGACCAACACACUGCAGUCUGGAGCAGAGAAACAACAUGGCCGACAUACCCACAGUAUGGCCGACUCUGCCCAUGGAUCCAUGUCCUCCUCUUCUAAGAGUUCAGCCUCUUAUCUCAGCUUGUCGAAGAGCCACAGCGCGCUGAGUGAUGCCAAAUCUGUGGGGAACCUCAGCGACGGUCGACUCCACCCAGAUGACCCAAACGCCAACACGACAGUGGGGGCGGGACCCAGUGCCCGCUUCUUCCCUGCCAGCUGUUUGGACCUCAAUACCCCUUCAGGUCCUCCGGGGCCACCUGGCAGCCCUUCUGCUCGACACAGCGAUCGAUCUGGGCACAGCCCUGCCUCUCGUAGCAGCGGCAACGUCCGUAUGGAGAGCAGCACUCUGGACUCGUCAUCCAGACACAAAUCCAGACAUAAAUCUUUAGCGCCAGAGGAGGCCGGUGCUCCGGAGCUCUUAGACCCCGGAGGAGCAGGGAUGCCGUCCACUCACACUCUGCCUUCUCCACAUGAGUCCUAUCAUUACGGCCUGGGCUAUACCUCCCCCUUCUCCUCUCAGCAACGGCCUCAACGCCACUCCAUGUACGUGAGGAGGGAGCGCCACCGACCGCAUGGGGUUGAAAGCGGUAUGGCGGGCUUGCCCGCCCCGGGGCAGGCGAUACCAACACGUGCCAGUAGCCUGCAGCUUCUCUCCCCUCAACUGCAGCACCGGACCACACUCACUGGACACUCAGUGAGCUCUUCGAGAGAGGACUGCACUGAUGACAUGACGAGGAGUGAGCAGUCCCCUAAAGACAUGAGCCACCCUUGUGCCCCCAUCAAAGACUCUACGAGGGACAACACAGCCGCUUUUCAUACACAGCGCUCUAAAAACGAGGUGGGUAUGUAUCAUGACCCUCAUGGUGAGGACGGAGGUUCCUCCAAGGAGAACCGGAUGAUCUUCACUGAGUCCAUGCCUCGGAGAGUAGGCAGCUUCUAUCGAGUCCCGUCCCCGAGACCAGAUAACUCUUCCUCUUUCCAUGAUGGUGUUGGGCAGGUGCCUGGUCGAGGUCCAGUCGUACCUGUUGUACCUGUCGAUCCUGUUGCAAUGGCUAACCACUCCAAACGCCAGACGGCUUUUGACUGGACUACCGCAGAAGCGAUGGUCAUGAAUCCUCCAGAGCCCACCAAAGAGAAGGAAAAACAAGGCUUCUUCAGAGCCAUUAAAAAGAAGAAGAAGAAGACACAAAUAACGGACAUGGAGGACGGGAGGAACCCCAGCAUCAAGAAAAGCCUUUUCCCCCUCUUUAGCUCAAAGAAUAGCUUAAAGCACAACUCAGCUGUCAAAGUCCUACCUGUAGUCGCCUCGCCUAUGGUACAACACCAGCCUCCCGCGCCCUAUCCUGCCUCACCAGUUCCUGGUAACGGACAAGAACACCUGUCCCUGCAGAGAAGCUCCAAGUCGUCCUCUCACCACAGCAGCCGACGGAAAAACCGCGAGCGAUCCCGAGACAGAGACCGGGAACGGGAACAGAGCCGGGACCGGGAUCGAGACAGAGAGAGGGAACGGGAGAGAGAAAGAGAGAGAGAAAGGGAGAGAGAGAGGGAAAGAGGGAGGGAGAGAGAGAGAGUCAAUGACUGGCCACCAGACAAACCAAUGGACUCACACUCCCAGAGUCAACCACUCAAGUCACUCCGCAGGCUCCUUCACCUCUCCCCUUCUUCCUCAAAUCAAGGACAGCCUCCUCCUCCUCCUCCAGACCUGCGCUUCCAAGCCCCCCUACCCAACCCCCCUCAGCCCUCCUCCAAAGCGGGCUAUCCUGAGGGUCGAGGGCACGCCGACAGCAGGGGGCACACCGGGGUGAGCAGCUCCGCCCAGGCUAAGAGCCGCAAGGCCAGCUACCCUCUUCCCGGACAGAUCGAGUCCAGCUGGCAUGUGUCUGCUUUACAGCGGGCGGAGGGUGCUCAGUUCACACCCGAACAGCUUGGCAUCAAACCGGGGCAGAAUGGACCCACAUUUACCCGAGCCUCCCGCACCAGGAUGCCAAACCUCAAUGACCUGAAGGAGACCGCGCUGUAAUACCCCCCCCCAACCCAACCCCUCUAAACCACACCACCUCCAAUAUGUCUCCAUCCUGGAAGCAUCUGCCAGACGCAGACAUCGUGAUACUGUAGUAAAAGUUUACAUGAAAGCCUAUUUCACUGGAUCAAGUCCUUAUACAGAAACAUAGUUAUCUGUUAACGCCUCUGAAAUCUACAAAGACUAUAGACGUUGACAGGCCAAACACCAGUAACAUUGUUGUUUAAGGAUUCAAAGACAGCAAAGGGCCCUCUCCCUCCUGGGGAUGACAGUACUGUAUCGGUUGUAUGUUAUUCUCUCUCUACUCAACAAGGUUAGAA